ACUCUCUCUCUCAGUACACUGCGAGAAACACUUUGAACAAAAUUGUAGCUGAAUUUUUAAAUAGUCAGCAAGUGAAACUUUUUGGUUAGUCACCAUGGCGAAGGAGGAGCCCAUCAUGGAUGGGCCAAAGCGCAUGCAGAACGAACUCAAGCUAAUGAUGGGCUACAAGGAGUUGAAGCAAGUGCAACUCCUCGAGGCAGAGAAGGACAACAUCUUCAAGUGGUUUGCUCUGCUCAUGCCCAACACUCCGCCCUAUGACAAAGGUGCCUUUAAACUCGAAGUGGACUUUCCCAAGGAAUAUCCAUUUCGUCCGCCUCGUUUGCACAUCAACACCAAGAUCUAUCAUCCGAAUGUGAAUGAACGUGGUCAGGUUUGUCUGCCCAUCCUCGAGACGGAACAUUGGAUUCCCACUUCUCGAAUGGACACCAUUUUCAAUGUGCUGCUUGCCACUAUCAAUGAUCCGCAACCCGAGAAUCCUUAUUCUAUGGAUAUUGCGAGUCAGUUUCAGAACGAUCCCAAGAAGUUCUAUAGCACAGCCGAAGCCUGGGUGGCGAGAUAUAGCGAUCGACGGCCCACGGAUCAAGAGCUGGCCAAGAUUGCGAGACGCAAGAAAAAGGCUGCGAUGCGUUGAGCUCUAUGAACUUUCAGAAAAGUAAGAGUUUGUGAAACUUAAUAAUUGUUUUUUCAGUCUGCUUUCUGUUUAAGUCCAAGGCGAAGAGUUAGUGACUACAUUUAAUCACAAUAUUUAAAAAAA